AUGCAAAUACCUCAUUUAAUUACAAUUUAUUUUGAGUACAAAAACUAUGAAAAUGACUUAAUUGUGAGCCUAAUCAGUUCAUUCGUCACUACUUGGCCUCAAAAAACUGAUUUAUAUGCUAUCAAGAGUAAAUAUUUCGCUUUUUUUAAUUGCUCGGAAGCAUCCAACUGCCAAGGCAUUUGUGAGUCGAAACUCAGGCAAAAAAUACCUUUAAAGGGUAAAAAAGGAUUUUAUAAUUGCUAUCAGGGCAUGCAAACCUUGGCAGCACUUUCAAAACGUGUAAAGUCAAAUGAUUGUGGUUUAUUCAAGAGAGAAAAUGUAGGAUUGACGAAAGGUGUGGUCGAAAAAGUGAAGUAUAGAUACAGCAGUCUUAAAAAAUAUCACAUUGCACAACCAUACACGAAGGAUUCGGGGUUGGAAGAGGAGGCCUAUUACAUUGUCUUUAGUUGUGAAGAUUCGACUAUCGCUAAAGGGAGAAAAAACGAGUCGAAAACAAGUGCUAAAAUUACCCAUUUUAGAUUGAAUUUAAUCAUAAAACUUCCUGCCUCUACUUCAAAUGAAUUUGUGGAACUAAUAAAUUCUUCCACUGAUGAUGUUAAAAUGCAUCCUACAGCUUUUAAAGAUGGAGAAAUUGAAAGAAGAUUCGUCGCCGUUUGCACUAAUUUAGCUGUGAAGGCUAAAAAAGGUCAAAAAAUGGACACUUCAUAUCCUUCAAGUAUUUUAAUUACAUAUUUUUCAUUUUGUUUACUCGAGUUAUUCUGA